AACAGUCAGAUUAGAUUAGCCACUCCUCCGUUAGCAUACGGAUGCUGACAAUGAUAGCUAACAGUUAGCCACUGUUUGUUUCGCGAUUUGGAAAGAUGGCUGGGGACUUGCAAGGUUUUGCGCUGGAAAAAGCAGAAGUGCUUUCCAGUCGCUUGAAGGAGCUCCUUUCUUCGGGACAGGGGUAUGUUCGGGCUCAGUUCGGGGUGGAUCUGGGUCUGAAGCCUGAUGUGUACCCGACCUGGGUCAUCCUGUCUACGGCCGCGGCGGGUCUGCUGCUGCUCCUCUCCGCCGUCUGUGGCGGUCUGUUUGUCGGGAAAAAGCGGGGAUCCCCGGUCACCCACGGCAACGGCGAGCCUGUGAAGGCCAAUUCUGCUAAAACUGUCAAACCAGAAGAACAGAAGAAGAGGAACAAGAAGAAAAGUGAAAAGAACACUCAGUCCAAUGGCCAGCCAGUGGCUGUGGCUCAAGAGGAAGUUAAAGUGUCGGAGGUUGUUUCCAAGCUGGCACCGCAGAUCAAAACUGAGAAGGUGCAUGAGGUACAGGCCCCAGUGCAGGUGAAAAAGAACAAAAAGAAAACCAAGAUAAACGUGAAACCAGUCCAGCAAGUGUCUACACAUGAUGGGAAGGAACCUGAUGAUGGUACAUGGGAGACUAAGGUCAGUAACCGAGAGAAGAGGCAGCAGCGCAGGAAGGACAAGGGCCCUGAGGACUCUGGCAGCCCAGGAGGGGUGGAGGCUCCCAAGAGCAACGUGGAGGCACCUGUGGCCACAGCACCUACCAAGAAAAACAGAGGAAACCAUGAGUCCCUGCAUUCAAGAACUGCUGGAAAGGUGGAGACAGCCAGUGGAGCUGUGUCCUCCAGCUGGAAAGAGGAGUCUCCAGUCAAUGGUGGAGGCUGGACUGAUAUCUCUUUAAAGAUGCCACGUCAGAUGGGUGCUAUGGAGGGGACCAAGUGGAGUUCCAUCCCCACAGCUACACAUUUCAGGGCCCCACCUAAGCCUCAAUCCUGGGGGCAGGAGACGCAAGCAGCAUGGAGUGGCAUUGAUGGCCGGAUAAAGACUGACCUCAACCCUGUGACCUUCUCCAUGAUGGGACUAAACACCACAGACCCAAGAUCAAACUCGAUAGAGCUGCCGUGGGGGAGGCACCAUGAUGCUGAUGAUGAAUGGUCUGGAUCCAAUGGGAUGGCAGCAGUGGACCCCAGCUCUGACUGGAAUGCCCCAGUAGAGCACUGGGGGAACUACGAAGAGCCUCUUGUGAUGGCAACACCAGCGCCUCCACUGAAGGAACAGUCUGUCCCCAACAAGAUGUCAGAAGAUGAGAAGGACACUGAUGAUGCCUCCAGUGGAGCAGCCAAAUCCAAGAAGAAGAGGAAAAAGAAGAAGAAAACUGAGGAGGAGGCUGCAUCUGAGGCUCAGACCGUGAGCACCGUGCCCCUGGUCAACGCAGUACCCAAACCUCAAGAGCCUCCUGUGAUGGCCUCCAAAAAGCAGAAUCCCAGCAUAUCCUCCUCUCAGAAGAAGUCUGAGCAGCCUGUGGAGCCCCCCAAACUCUCCCAGAAGAAAAAGGUCCGAAGGGAAACAUGAAGUCACAUCACAGGUCCAUUCAAAGCAUAUGCAAAUGAUUGUAAAACGUGUCACAUGCAAUAAUUACCAGGUACAGAGUUUCCUUUUAAGAUACAUUAACAGUUUAUCAGUUGCCGAAACAAAAAGAUAACAAGCAGCGAAUAUCACCUGCUUGGCUAAAUAUAAUGGUAAAAUGUGGUCCUAUGGACUGAAUUCUUAACUAAUUUGCACUAUUUGUACACUGCAACCAGAGUGGAGUUUCAGGGGAGAUGGACUUGCAGUUGAGGUACAUGUUCAUGUAAUUAUUUUUUUAUGGCAUCAAAAAGUGUUUUAUUUCCCCCCCCCCGUCCAAGAGUGUAUGUUUAUAAUUGUUAACCCAAAAACACAAAACGGGUUUUAUUUUAAUUUUUUGUUACAAGAGAAGAGAACAUUUUUACUCCCCAGAAUAUUGCACUUUGUUUUGUUUACCAUGCUUCUGCUCCUAUAUCAAUUACUAAGAUGUGUGGGAGCAAGCUGCAGGUGAGGGCUGGUAUCACAUCAGGAUAAGUUGGUUGCAAUCUGCACCCUCACCGCUGGAUGUCACUAUAUCCCAAGCACUGCUCCUUUAAGACAGGUUACCCUUUUCCUUUAAAGUAAUAACUAUCAAAAUCUGUCCUUUGAGUACAUACACUUGCUGCCAGCAGGUCGUUUAGUUUAUAAAAGCUCCUUUAUCAAGAAUUGCAGCUGUUAUCAGAUUGUUUCAGAGCAGAAAAAUAAAGAUUUGGCCAUAAAACCAUAAAAACCUCCUGCAGCUUAAUCCACCUCUUCACCGUCCAUCCAUGUGAAAGUAUGUUCCAAAUUUAAAUUGUUUCCAAAAUAUGAUUAAAUACACUACUCCUACUACUUCUGAGCUGUGAGAAGAGGCAUAUCAAGACACUGAGGUAGGGUAUUUAGCCAGAUUUUGUUGAGUGUGUGUGAACAAUUCACAGGACACUGACAGCUGAAAAUUUGCAGAUUUAUCAGUUAUGGAUGAGAUCAGAUGAUUUCUUUAGAUACUGCUAAAUAUGAUAUUUAGAUGCCAAUUGAUUCUGGUUUCACACUGAGGACUGUUUUGAAAGAGCACAGAAACUGAUAUGAACCACCAGGAGGCACUGUAAUGUGAAGUAAAGGCGUAGUGGGAUUAUCCCAUAAAGCAGUAGCACUAUGAAGUAUCGUCCCUCUACUUUUAUCAUUCUGAGUGUGUCUGUGUUUAUCUGACUAGAAUGUGCGUUGAUUUUAUAGAGACUUAAUGGUCCCUUCAGAUUUUUUAAAAGCAUUUUCUUCCAGUUUUGUGCUUGAAAAAGCCAUGCCAUAUGUACAGAUUGUAAGGGCUUUUUCCAGUUAUGUGAUUGCACUGUGCAAGAGGCUGUAUUGAGUUUGAUGUUGAUUAAUUGUUUUUUACUACCUUUUUGCAGAAUGUGAAAUGUGUACUUUUUGUUUUGUUUUAACCUGACUUCCAGGUUUUAUGAUGGGGGGAUUUUUUUUAAUUGAGAAUGAAGACAUACAUAAAGAUGAUAUGGAGCAGCUUUAAUUCCACGACAGUUGGUUUUAAACAUACAAACACACACACUUACACAUCUAUAAAAGGAAUUUAAUUCCAUUGCCUUAACCUGAUGUUGUAUAGAAAGUGCAUUGGCAUCUUUUUUUAUAGUUUCCAACCAAUUGCAAGUUUUGAUGUCAGAAAUUAAUUUCAUCUUGCAUGACUUUGAUAAUAGUACUUGUGUACAUGAAAUUAAAUGAACGAUCUCUUGCUUUAACUGUUAGUACUUGGUUCUGGAGUACCACUCUGUGUAUAUACUGUAAUAGCUUUUUUUAUUGAGACAAAUUGCAGCUUUUUUGUGGGCAACCAAUUUAGCGGACAUUAACAGAAGUCUGUUGUUGGUAGUCAAAGAGGCUUUGUGCAUCAAGGUGUUGAUCAGCUGGUGGUGCUGCAUAGUUAUAAGUAGAGCUGAUAGAACAAACUGAUAUGUCGCUGUGGCUUCAGGCACUCUUUUUUGUUUAAUUUCUACUGAUGAUUAAAAUGGAUUCAAUCAAUUUAUUUAUAUAGUUGUCUCUAGGACAUGGUUAUGUGAAUGAUUUUGUUUAUUGAGGAGAUACAAAUGAUAUUUCUAUGUUUGUUUGGUAAAAAUAAAUGAGAAUUGCUUGAUAUCA